AUGCAAAACCCCAGUGCACAUGAAAGCACAGGCUUGCAGUCCCAGCCGCCUCCCGAGGAGCAGAGUUACGGAGCUACUGCGGCACAUGUGAGACAAGGUCCAUUUGUGUCUGGCUCAAGGAAUGAUCCAGCAAAGAGAGCUUACCUGACAGCUGCUGUGCUGUGCUAUGCCAAUUUGAUAAAUUUCAUGGAUUGGUUCAUUGUACCAGGGAUCCUGUUAGAUAUACAGAAAUACUUCAAGCUUAGUGAUGAGGAUACAGGUCUACUGCAAACAGUCUUCAUCUUGUGUUACAUGCUGGCUGCCCCCGUCUUUGGAUACCUCGGUGACCGGUACAAUAGGAAAAUCAUCCUUGGAGCUGGUAUUUUCUUCUGGUCUGGUGUAACAUUAGGCAGUUCAUUCAUCAGUGAAUGGUAUUACUGGAUAUUCAUUCUUUCACGAGGACUAGUUGGCAUUGGCACUGCCAGUUAUUCCACAAUAGCACCUACCAUCAUUGCAGACCUGUUUGAGGAAGGAAAAAGGACCACAAUGUUAUCUGUCUUCUAUAUCUUCAUUCCAGUGGGAAGUGGUCUUGGUUACGUCCUAGCAGCCAGCAUGGCAGAUGUCACGGGUGACUGGCACUGGGCUUUCAGGGUCACUCCUUGCAUGGGAGGUCUAGCACUGGUUCUACUGAUUCUACUGGUUCCUCACAGGACCCAGAGAAGGACAGCAGCCCACAGAGCACUGAGCAUCUCCGGUACAAUACGAGUAGCAGCCGAGAAACCGGGCGUACAGAGAACGGCCAAGACUACUUGGUAUCAGGAUGUCAUAUCGCUUGCCAAGAAUUGGAGUUUUGUCUGGUCCUCGCUGGGUCUGACUGCCAUGGCCUUCGUUACUGGAGCCCUGGGAAUGUGGGUACCGCUGUUCCUUUACAGGGCUCAGGUUGUCCAGGGCAUUGUGCCACCAUGCCUCCAAGAAUCGUGCAAUUCAUCUAACAGCCUAAUAUUUGGAGGCAUCACCAUUGGGACGGGAAUCUUGGGUGUCAUUGCUGGGGCAGAAGCUGCAAGAAGAUUAAGAAAGAUAAACAACAAAGCUGAUCCUCUGGUCUGUGCCACAAGCAUGUUCAUUUCUGCUCUGUGCCUCUACGUAGCUCUGAUGGUGGCCCAGACGAACAUCCUUUCCACUUUUGUUUUUAUUGCAUUUGGAGAACUGUUUUUGUCUGUAAACUGGGCUGUUGUGACAGACAUACUGUUGUAUGUUGUGACACCGAGACGGCAGUCUACAGCUAUUGCCCUGCAGAUUUUGGUCAGCCAUUUGCUGGGAGAUGCAGGCAGCCCAUAUCUCAUUGGGACUAUCGCCCAUGCUAUCCAGGCCAAGAACGCUCACUCAUUGCAGUGGAGUUUCUGGAGCAUGCAGUACAGCUUCAUCCUGUGUGCUUUUGUUGGCGUCUUUGGAGGAGGUUUUUUCCUCCUGACAUCUUUCUACAUUGAGGAAGAUCGUAAGGAAGCAGAGCGGGUUUGAGGUUUCUGUAUGUCUUUGUAACUUUUAAACCUGUAUCUGAUGGCUUUCCAUUUGUACACCAGCAAUGAUACUGGCUCUGUAAAGUUAAAACACUAAUGUCUGCAUUAUGUCAAUACCACAUUAGUUUUUAU